UAAGAGAGUCAUAAAGAAAUAAAAAUCCUAUGCAAAGACAUGUUUAGUAGAACAGACAAAAAUCAGGACCGAUGCUGUCGUCAUGAGCUGGAAAUACACAGGAGACUUCAGGAGGCUGAGAAUCAGCAGGGCUGCUAUUGCUGAAAGCAAUUCCACGUAAGAGGAUAAAAAUGAUGCAGAUAAAAUGAGUGGUACUGUGGUAGCCAUCUCCAGGCAAUGCUGCACUGAUGCGCUCUCUCUCUCUCUCUCGCUCUCUCUCGCUCUCUCUCGCUCUCUCUCGCUCUGCCUCUCAGUGUUUUGAACUGCUUGUAGUGAGGAGAGAACGAGAAUGUGGAAGGGAAACAAUAAUAUCAUUUCAACAACAGAUUUAGUGUAGUACUGAUGUGAAGCUCAGACUGGUGUUUAGUGCAGCUGUGUUUUCAGGGACGGGAUCUGUUGUCGGGAUGUAAGCUGGAGGAGCACAAGCAAACAACUGAUUUGAUCAAUCCGAAUAAGCCAAGUGGUUACCAAGCUUUUAUUGAUGUUGGGGACUUAAGUUUAGUGCAGGUUUUCUGAUGACAAUUAAGGUAAUUUUUCCAGGAAACGGCAUGCUGAUAAAGACUGGACUUUUAUGUUUCUGAAGCUUCAAAGAAAACAUUGUGCAGGAAGAAAAAAUAACAGUGCUCGGCUUGAGAAAAUACGUGAUCAGGUUAUGACAAAUAAUUGUGUGCAUGAAUGUACAAAAAACUAUUUUGGACAUGACUGAAGCUUGAUGUGUAUCAUCAUAAAGAGAAGCAUAACAAUAGUUUUAAGGCCUUUGUAUGUAUUUUGUAGCAAUCCUUUUCUAGUGACAAUUGAAGCCAGCUUUACAGUUAAGCAGGCAAGUUACUGUCAAAACAGUAAACAUUGAGAGGGGACAUGAAAGCAGAUCAGAAAUCCUGUAGAUAGAAACUCUACUUCUGCAACAUCUAUUCACAGAUGAGGUCUUUUAGCAGACAUGUUUUUCUCUUCAGACUAAUGCAGUUUAACUGAAUAGCCUCUUUCCCAACACUGUCAUCUUUUUUAUGGCUGAAAGUAACUCAGAUGGAUGUUUUGGAAUUUGCAUGAGGCUACAGAAGAUUAUGGGUACAUUGUAUUAGAACUUUUGAAUUAGAAAAAAAAGCAACCACAGAGCUGUUAGCCAAAACAGAAUAAAGCUGCUGCUGGAACUGAGCACAAAUAUGUUCUAGUCUUGACCAUUUCUUUUGACGGUACAAUGAGACAUUGAAGAGUAAAAACUGAGCAGUCACAUUCAAGUGUCUACUUGAGGAAGAGGGAGCAGAGCAUCCUAACCAAAGUGAUGAAAUAAAUCCUCCAGUCUCUUCAGGAAAUUAUCAAGGAAGCAGAAAAAACCUGUAAGUUAAGAAAACAAAUCCGCCAAGGGUGACGGCGAGAACAGCCUACACUUUGCAACGAGAGGGAUUGUGUUGUACUGUUUUGUGAAUUGAGCAUUGUUCAAACAUUGUGUCAAUGUGAAAAGGAUUUGCAGCAGACAUGGGGGACUGUUCAGAGUACCAGCGGCUACCAAAUGAAGAAGAAGAGAAGCUGGGCAGUAGCAUGCAGUCAGAUGAGGGUACAGACUGGCUCCUGGAACUCCUGACAGAGGUGCAGCUUCAGCAGUACUUCCUGCUCAUCCGCGAUGACCUCAACGUCACCCGCCUCUCUCACUUCGACUACGUCAAGAAUGAGGACAUGGAAAAAAUCGGCAUGGGCCGACCUGGGCAGAGGCGGCUGUGGGAGGCAGUCAAAAGAAGGAGAGCACUGUGCAAACGCAAAUCCUGGAUGAGCAAGCCUCUGUCUCGCGCUCCUCAGGUGUUCAGCGGGAAGCGGCCUGACUCAGAGUUCCAGCCUCAGCCAGCCACCACCUUCCGCAAGGUGUGCACCCCGCCCCCCCAGGAGAGUCAGCAGGCUCUCACCUGCCUGAUCAGCGAGAAGGACCUGGCGCUCUUCGAGAAGCUGGGAGACGGCUCCUUCGGGGUCGUCAAGCGCGGAGAGUGGUUCGCACCCACGGGGAACGUGAUGAAUGUUGCUGUGAAAUGCUUGAAAACUGAUGUCCUCAACCAGCCAGACACCUUGGAUGACUUCAUCCGGGAAGUGAAUGCCAUGCACUCCCUCGACCACCAGAACCUGAUCCGGCUGUAUGGUGUGGUUCUCACACACCCCAUGAAAAUGGUAACUGAACUGGCACCUUUGGGCUCAAUGCUGGACCGUUUGAGAAAGAACCAGGGACAUUUUUUAAUAUCAACGCUGUGCCAGUAUGCCAUCCAGAUCGCCAACGGCAUGGCCUACCUGGAGUCAAAGCGGUUCAUCCACCGAGACUUGGCAGCCAGGAAUAUCCUACUAGCCUCCAAUGAACUGGUAAAGAUAGGUGACUUUGGACUCAUGAGGGCACUGCCCAAGAAUGAUGAUCACUACGUCAUGCAGGAACACCGCAAGGUCCCCUUUGCAUGGUGUGCCCCGGAGAGCCUAAAGACCCGCACUUUUUCACACGCGAGUGACACCUGGAUGUUUGGUGUGACACUCUGGGAGAUGUGUACAUAUGGACAGGAGCCCUGGCUAGGACUCAGUGGCAGCCAGAUUCUCCAUAAGAUUGAUAAGGAGCGAGAGAGGCUGUCCAAACCCGAGGACUGCCCCCAGGAUAUCUACAACGUGAUGCUGCAGUGUUGGGCACAGAAACCGGACGACCGGCCUACCUUUGUAGCACUCCGAGAGUUUUUAGUGGAGACAAUGCCUACAGACAUGCGGGCGCUGCAGGAUUUUGAGGAACCGGACAAACUGCUUAUUCAGAUUAACGAUGUCAUUACAAUCAUUGAAGGCAGGGCUGAAAAUUACUGGUGGAGGGGCCAGAACAAGCGCACCAUGAAGGUGGGCCAGUUCCCCAGAAACACUGUGACGUCCGUGGCAGGGCUGUCAGCCCAAGACAUCAGCCGGCCCCUUAAAAACAGCUUCAUCCACACUGGGCAUGGGGACACAAACCCUCAGCACUGCUGGGGGUUUCCAGACAAGAUCGAUGACCUGUACUUGGGUAAUCCUAUGGACCCACCUGAUGUGCUGGGAAUGGAUGUGAAUGCUGCCAGACCAACUCAGCUUCCAGGAAGGGCAAAAAAGGAGCCCCCACCACGCCCCCCUCAGCCAGCGAUCCUAGUCAAGAAGCCCUGCUAUGACCCUGUUACUGAGGAGGUGGAUUUCACGCCCACAGGCUUAAAGAAACUAUCCCUGAAAAAACAAGGACCAGCCAAGGGUCUCAAACUGGUGAAACCAGCUGCGUGGGUCACUGGCACAAAAAUAAUUGACCGGCAGUGUUUGGGGGGCAAGCCAGCAGGGCCCCAAACCGACGAGGUGUCUCUGAUUGACUUUGGAGAGGAGAUUCCUCCAACCAACCCCUCACCAGUGGUGGAAAUACAGAUUCCGAUGCUGGCUAAAUUAGCUUUGAAGGCGGACUCAAUACUUGACAAAACCCCACCCCAGAGUCCUACCAGGGUCCUUCCUCGACCCCUGCACCCUACACCUCUGGUUGACUGGGACUCCAAACCCCUGCCUCCCCCUCCUGCUUAUGACGACGUAGCUCAGGAUGAGGAGGACAUAGAGGUCUCUUCCAUAAACAGCUCCGAGCCUGUUCUGUUGGACGGGAAGUCCAAAUAUGGCACAGUGAAUCUCCAAAAACUUAAGGAGAAGGGAGAGACCAGCUUUGGCUAUGUCCAAGAGACUGAUUCAGGGGAAAAGCCCAAACUGGAUGACAACCUCUUUCUGCCCUGCAAGCAGAGCCAACAGACCAACUUCUCAGCAUCUGCAGAGAUCUUCGAGGAGCUCCAGCAUGAGUGCAUGAAGAGACUGAACGUUCCUGUGGUCUCACCUCAACCCUCCUCCCCCAGCCCCACAAACCUGGAGCUCCGCAAGCAAAUCGUCUUGUCUUUCUCUGAAGAGAAGCCACAGAUCCCACCACGGAUACCUAUCCCACCUCGGCCAAUCAAAUGGAACGAUUACAGCCGCUGGUCUGGGGAUCUGUCUCCGGCUUCGGGAGGCGAGGAGGAUAAACCCCCUCAGAUCCCACCUAGAGACCCUUUAUCCCACCCCAAUUCCAGAACUCCAAGCCCCAUGAGCCUCCACGUGGGCUCCCCCCAGCAAAGGUCAAGCCUUUGCUCGACAGUAUCCUUUGGUUCCUACCUUUCCACCUCCCCAGGCAAGCUAAUGCCAACUACCCAGAGCUUUGCAUCGGACCCCAAAUAUGCCACGCCCAAAGUCAUUCAAGCACAGGGCAAGGACUGCACUAAGGGGCCAUGCAUUCUGCCAAUUGUCAAAGAUGGGAAAAAAGUCAGCAACACGCACUACUACCUCCUCCCAGAAAGGCCAUCCUACCUGGACAAGUACGAGAAGUUUUUUAAGGAAACCGAAAACCCGGAAGACGGUUCCACCAAACGCAGCGCUACCACAGCGACAGUACGACCCAUGGUGUCCGACUUCAAAGCCAACUUCUCCUCCAACAAUAGCAACCUGGGGGCCAAAACCAUAAUAAAGACGACAUACAGCCUGCAAAAGCUCACCUUUGACGGGCCUGUUGGGAAGGCAGAGGGAGCCAGGCCUACUGACAAAAUCAGAUUGGUGCAGGAAACUGUUCACGGGGUGACAAUGGAAGAGUGCCAGACGGCUCUACAGAACCACUGCUGGAAUGUCCAGAAAGCUGUGCAGUACCUCAAGGUUGAGCAGUUGUUCUGUCUGGGGCUGAAGACAAGAACAGAAUGUCUUAAAAUCUUAGAAACGUAUGACUGGAAUCUGGAACUGGCUUGCUCACAACUACUGGACUCCUAUAGCACACUGAGGCAAAGGCGAUGACAAACUGCAAUUAAGAAGAACUCAAAUCCUUCAGUUAUUUUGGCACCACUGGUUUUGUCCAUGGAAUGUGUGGACAGAGAAACUGCUGCUUGACUAGGAACAAAAUCUCGACAGGAUUAUUGAAUACAGUUCCUACCUACGUCCUGCUGUUCCCAUUUUAAUACUGCAUAUUCAGACUAAAGGUCAAUGCCAACCAAUCCAGUAUUUCUUCUGAAAAAAGUUCAGCUUGUGUGUGUGUGUGCUUCUAAACAGCGUGCUUUAUCUGGGAGGCUCAUUGUAUAUAUAUAUAUAUGCAUAAUUUAAUUUGGAUGUUGUGUUCAUGUUUUAUUUAAUUGUUUUUUGAGCAGGUUUGCUUGCAGAUGGUUCAUUGAAAGACAUUUAAACUGAUGAGAUCUGUUUUUUUCCCACAAAACCUUUCUCCUUUAUCAACUGCUUUGAAAGUUAGCUGGUAAUGAUACCUAAUAAUGCAGGAAGCAGCUAAUAGGUUAUAUACAUGGGAGUCUUAUUUCUAGCCACAAAUUCUGCUAUAGGAAGAUAUUACUUUACAUUAAAAGCAGAAAACUAAUGGGGCUAUGCACAAGCCUUUCACAUCCAGAUUCAAAGCAGUCCCCCAGUAGACAUUAGUCCACAUCACAAAACCACAUCAUACAGCACAAUGUUCGUCUCUGCUUAAGGACUGUGCAUGGAGUGUUCCAGUCAGGAUAGGUUUGGUGUAAACUUACUUUACAAAUUCAGUUAUAGCCUUUAAUGACUUUUAACUGACCAAAUCAAUAACAUGCUAGAGAAAGCAAGUUUAACACAGACAUCAAAUCCUUUAUAAUAAAUGCCACCUGUGCAAGUAUCUUGUCUUGCAAAAAGACAGACUUAUAACUAAGCAGUAUUAAUGGCAGUCUGAUAAAUUACUACUUUUACUAUGACCUAAAGUUAAGACUUCAAAUGCUUUUCCCUGUCUUAUUACAGGAGCCUCUUGUUUGAAGCACACAGUACACUUGGACACCACAACCAGUUAUGAGCAAAACUUGAUUUCAGUAACUAUUUUUAAAACUAAUCUCGUUGGGGUGAUUUUGAGGAUACUAAAUUAUCCACCAGAAUACAUUAUUUUAAUAAUCAGAGUUAUUCAAGACAAUACGUACAUUUAAUAUUGCUAUAAAUAUAUACUGUUUCUUUAUUUUUUUACAUACAUGUUUCAGUGUUCUGCAUGAUUCAUUGUGUAUGCUGGCUGCAAGGAGGGGACAUGGAGUUUGAAUCCGUAGCCUGUAGACCUGUUUAAUUCUCACUGACAAAUACACAUGCUGUACAGUCUCUAAAUGAUUAAGACAACUGACAGUGGGCCACUUGUUGGUUACCACUACUGACCAAUUUUAAUAUAGACACACAGGUGGAGAUUUCCAAAGCUUGGAAAUGUAUAUUGACUAAAUCUCUGCUAUGACAGUCCUGGAACUAAAAAAGCAAAUCACAUUUUGGUGAUUAAACAACACUGUGAGUGAACCAGAACUUGCAUUUAAGUAAAUCCUGUUUUGGAAAUACCCUCCUCCACCCCAAGUGAUUGUGUGACCUAUUGGGUUUUAAAAAAUAUUUUCUAACCUACUUCUUAUGCAGCAAUCAGAGUACCCCUAGCCCCCAGACACAUCUUGGAUAAAUGUGGGGGGAGUCUGAAAUGGCAGUCCCAAAGUGAGCAAACACCCCACCCUGUGCAGCAAAACUGUUGUCUAAUCCUCAGGUUGAUAACUACCUUCCCCAGCAAUGGGAUUUUUUUCCCACCUGUCAUGAUAUGUUCAAUUUCCAGGUAAUAACCCACAAUGCUCCAACAUCACCUGAGGUGGGGUGUGGGUUUACUUUGACAGUUGCAUUGUUUUUCCUCUUUUUAAUCACAUGGUUGAGGUGUACACCGUGACAUUUAGUACUGUAGCUGCAACUUAUUAAAAAUUCUAACAAGUCUGUAUGCUUUUGGUAUAUCACCAGUACAGUCAAAAUGGGAUUGCUUCACAUUGAAGAUUUGUGAUACUUGUGAUACUUGCAGGUAUUUCAAUUGCAAGGACACUGCAUAUGUAAUUUAGCCCUGAUUUAUUUGUAACCCUCUGUGGCACACAUCACUGCAAAUUAAAGUAUUGUUGUAUUGAUUUCAGUCUAGGCCCUAGGGACAUGAAUUUGAGCAUUUAAACCUAAUUGAACAUACUUUUGAGGGGUAGAAAUCUGGCUUUAUUAAGAAUCAGAACCGCAUUUUGUCUUAAUAUCAUAAUCCAUAUAACAUAUUUUGAAACAUGCGUUAUGCAUUACCUACAGGUAGUGGACAAAAAAUGGAAACGCCUGGGUAAAUGAGGGACACCAAGUAUAUUGAAAGCAAGGGCUUCCACACAGGUGUGGCUCAUGUGUUAAUUAAGCAAAUAACGUAUAAAAAUGCUGGACAGGCCUGGUUGCCUAUAAUUAUGGCUGGCAUGGCUGCAAGAGGAGACCUCAGUGACUUUGAAAGAGGGGUGAUUGUUGGGGCGCGUUUGGCAGGAGCUUCAGUGACCAAGACAGCUCAACUUGCUGAUGUUUCACGAGCACCGGUGUCUAAGGUGAUGUCGGCAUGGACCUCCGAGGGAAAGACAUCAUCGGCAAAGGGCAACAGUGGGCAGAAGCACAUACUCCAGGAUUGUGAUAUCGGUGCAUUAAUUCAAAAUGCAAGGCAAAACAGGCGAGCAACUGCAGAUCAAUUGACUGCAAAUUUCAACCUGGGGCGCGAGCAGCCAGUUUCAUCAAAAAUGGUCCGCCAAGAACUCCACAGAGCGGGAUACCAUAGUGGCCCAACGCCCUAUUAAGUGACUUUACAUUGAUGUUUCCAUUUUUUUGUCCACUACCUGUAUAUUACAGUACAAUCAGAUGCUGAAUCAAAUUACAUUUAAAGAAUAUAAAAAAAAGUAAAUUCCUUCGCUAAAUACAGAAAAACAAAAACAAAACCUACAUUUUCAAUGUUGAAAUGUGUUUUGUUUCCUGUACUUUUAGCACUGAGUGAUGUCUCCAUCUCCAAAUAAUGUUUAAAGGAUAUCUGAAUGGCACUAGUUAGUAAGUCACCUAGGCAAGGAAAACAGUCAAAUGAGUAAUUCAUCUAUAAAUACAGUAUCUCAUGUUCUCUGUCUUUUAUUAUAGAACGGUAUUAUUAAAAAUACACAAGUUUUGACUUGUAAGUUUGGAUUAAUAAUUGUUUAUGUUUUUGUUUUGCUUGUAUAACACAAAUCUAAAAAAGCCACAGAAAUACCAAACACUAUUUCAUGGAUAAAAACACUCGCAAGUUAUGUGAAUAGGUAUGCCACAGAGGGUUAAAAUAAUUACUUGACUUGUUUUAAAUCUGUAUGACAGCCAUAGGGAGGCACAUAGCAAGAAAAAGGCUAUUUUAUGCAGUGUCAAUUUUCCUUCACCUGUAACUAUUUGGCCUGAACCCAAUGUCAGUUUUCAAAACAAACUGCGUAGAAGACUUCUUGUGGCUGAUCUUGUGGCUGGUAUACUUUGAGAUUUCAUAUUGUACACAAAUUACUUAAAGGGUGUCUAUAAGGUUGUCUCUUUCAAUGAAGACAUACUGUCCAUAUUGGCUGUGUGUUAUACAUUACAUGUGUUUUCUUCGCUGCUGUUGUUUUAUAAUUAGUUCACUUUGUAUUUGUUAACCCAGGUAGUUAUUUGAGUGCAGUACAGGUACCUGAACUGACCCAUUUUAUUUAUUAAAGGAAAUAUUUGUGAUUUAUUUGUUAAGAGCAUUGAUGUAUCAUAUGUCAUAUGUAUAAUGCAUCAUAUGUAUAAUGUGUAAAAGGGUUCAUUAUGUUGUGUAGGAAAUGCACAAAACAGAGAAUGCUGCAGACCUGGAAAUAUAUACUGCAUUUUCUAUUAAAUACGAACUGUUCUGUA